UGUGUGUGUGUGUGUGUAUGUGUGUGUGUGUGUGUGUGUUUCAGAGCCGGAGCUUCUUUCAGCGGACGACAGGAGGAUGCAGACCGCGGUGCGGAGCGUCUCUGCCGGGUUUGAACGGUCAUGAAGGCCGGAGAAAUAUGAGAGAAUUGAUUUGUGACAUUCUGGGCUUUAUUGGAUUUUUUUUACCCCCCUCCUGCAGGGUGAGGGUUGUGAAUCUGGAUGGGUUCUGCAAUGGAGCAUGAGUCCGAACCGUGAGAGGUCCUAAUAAUACAGACAAAAAGGAAACCAGGGGUAGAAUGGGCUCUCUGUGUCUGUAGAGAGACAAUCAUGUCAAAGAAUAAGAGCAGCGAGUCUGUGAAGGUGGUGGUUCGAUGUCGUCCUCUGAACCGGAAAGAGGAGUCCAACGGGCUCGCUGGGAAGAUUGUGCAGAUGGAUUUGCGUCUGGGACAGGUGAUCCUCCGGAACCCUCGAGCGCCCCCAAGUGAGCCCCAGAAGACCUUCACGUUCGACGCCGUCUACGAUGCCAGCUCCAAACAGAGGGACCUGUACGACGAGAGCGUGCGGCCGCUGAUCGACUCGGUGCUGGCUGGGUUCAACGGCACCAUCUUUGCUUACGGGCAGACCGGGACAGGAAAGACGUACACCAUGCAGGGCGCCUGGCUGGACCCGGAGAAGCAGGGCGUAAUCCCCAACGCCUUUGACCACAUCUUCACCCACAUCUCCCGAUCGCAGCCUGACAAGCAGUACCUGGUCCGGGCGUCGUACCUCGAGAUCUACAGGGAGGAGAUCCGUGACCUCCUCGACCCCAAUCAUGGUAACACCAGAGGCCUGGAGCUUAGAGAGAGUCCGGAGACUGGGGUCUAUGUCCAGGAUCUCACAUCGUGCGUCUGCAAAAGCAUCAAGGAGAUCGAGGAGGUGAUGAAUGUGGGCAACCAGGCCAGAGCUGUGGGGGCCACGGACAUGAAUGAACAUUCGUCCAGGUCUCACGCCUUGUUUCUGAUCACAGUGGAAUGCAGCCAGCCCGGUCCAGAUGGGAGAAAACACAUCCGGGUCGGGCGCCUCAACCUGGUGGACCUGGCUGGCAGUGAACGCCAAGCCAAGACCGGUGUCCAAGGAGAGCGCCUGAAAGAAGCUGCCAAGAUCAACCUCUCUCUGUCGGCACUGGGGAAUGUGAUUUCAGCUUUGGCAGAUGGACGCAGCGGUCACGUUCCCUACCGAGACUCCAAGCUGACCCGCCUGUUGCAGGAUUCUUUGGGCGGGAAUGCCAAGACCAUUAUGGUUGCGACUCUUGGCCCAGCCCCUCAGCACUACGACGAAACCCUCACCACCCUCCGCUAUGCCAACCGUGCUAAGAACAUCCAGAACCAGCCCAGGGUCAAUGAGGACCCCAAAGACGCUCUGCUUCGCGAGUUCCAGAAGGAGAUUGCUCGUCUCCGAGCCCAGCUCAACCACAGGAGGUGGAGGAACAAGCAGAAGAAGGAGCAGCUAGACUGCGAGGGCUGGGAAAGAGAUGAAGAUGAGGGUACUGAAGGUGAGGAGGAAGAGGUAGAAAAGGAGGCAGAGGAGUAUGUGAAGAUGGAGGAACAGCGGUUGGAAAAGGAGAAGGAGGCCAUCAGAGAUGAUCAGUUCCUGAUGACCGAGGAGAAGCAGAGACUUCUGGGAGAGAAGGAGAAGAUGAUGGGGGACCUGAGGAAGGAGCAGGAAGCUACCGAACAGCUAACUGCCAAGUACAAG